AUGCUGGGAUUGGUUAUAUUCAGAGAGCUUUACCCAAAUCACAGAAGGAAGGAAAUAGAUCAAUCAAUUUCCAAGUCUAUCCAUUUCAUUGAAAGCACACAGAAUCCUGAUGGCUCUUGGUAUGGUUGUUGGGGGGUUUGUUAUACAUAUGGCACAUGGUUUGCUGUGGAAGGACUAAAAGGCGUUGGAAAGAAUUACCAUAACUGUUCUGCAUUGCGCAAAGCAUGUCAAUUUUUGUUGUCAAAACAACUUCCUAAUGGUGGUUGGGGUGAAAGUUACUUGUCAAGCCAAAACAAGGUGUAUACAAAUUUAGAAGGCAACCGUGCAAAUAUAGUUCAAACAUCGUGGGCUUUGUUGUCCCUUAUCGGCGCAGGGCAAGCUGAGAUUGAUCCAAUACCCAUACACCGUGGAAUGAAGUUACUAAUCAAUUUACAACUGGAAGAUGGAGACUUCCCUCAACCGGAUGCCACAGGAGUAUUUUUUAGGAACUGCUUCUUGAACUAUGCAUCGUAUCGAAUGAUAUUUCCUAUUUGGGCUUUGGGAGAAUAUCGCAGCAGAGUUUUGCAUACAUGAACCACUGCAUCCAUAAUAAUUUAAUUACCAAAGUUAUCGAAUUCUCGAAUUCACUCCUACACUUUUUUAAGUUGCUUUUAUCAUAAUAAUAUGGUUGUUUGUGUACAAUAUGUAAAAUGUGUUUCGUAUUUCGUAUGUAUUUGUUUGGCUUUGAUACAAGUUGUCUUUCCGCAAACAUAAUGCAUCUUGUUCUUUAAUAAUGUAAGCAGAAUUUAUAUAAAUAUUUUAUUUAAUUGGUCGUACUUUAAUUAGUCAUCCUACUUUUUUUUCUCCGAGUGAGAAUUAGUGUUGAAGAUGGUUUCUAGGAGAGAAUCGCCAGAGUUUUGUAAGCAUGAAGACCACAUCCAUCAAAGGUUGUGAUCUUAUUUAUGUGCUAUAGCUACCAUCUAUAGUAUGAUUAACAAUGUUACCUUGUAUGAUUAUCAUGAAUAAUAUGCUUGCCUGUCUACAACAA